AUGCCGCCCACGCAGAAGGGAAGAAAAGCCAAUUCGGGCCCGAUCGCGCCUGCCACUGCUUCGCCGUCUGCUGAGCGCUUCUCGGCUCACCAGCUGAAAGUCAUCGACGUUUGCCUUCGCCAGACCGGAUUCGACUUUCGAGGCUUUGCUUGCGGCCCCGUUACUGAAGGUGAAUGGGAUGUCCUCAAACUCCUUCACCUCGAUUUCGCACUUCCAACAGCCGACCCUAGCUUGACCAUGACCGCGUCUCGUCUUGCUGCCAUUAUCCAUGCCGCCGCUCAGUGUCUCGAAAGCUCUGACUGCACCGCUCGUAAUGCGGCAUUCUGGAAGGAAGUGAAGAAGCUUCUAUCCGACGAUAGUAACUUCAAGGCAGCUCCCAUCUCUGACUUUGUCAAGUUUGACAAUAUCCUCUACCGAUUUUACUCAGCGUGGGUGUCUUUCAGGGACAAGAACCCCGGCAUGUCACGUACACUUAUCCAGGAGCCUUACACCACCAGUGCCGAGAGCAAAGCGGAAGAUAUCAUGGAACUCAAUGGCACCGCCGUCAAAGCCAAGGCCUCCUCCAAGGACGAACUCCUCGCAGCAACAGAUGAAUACAUUCGGCAGACAGUACGUGGCAAAAAGAACAGCAUCUCACUCGCCAGACGCCAUUUCAAGGCCGGAUACCGGGCUCAUUACAAGCCUGAGCUGGAGGAGACCUACUCGGAGGCAUAUAACAAGGGAAAGCGCGAGGGCGAGAGUGAAUACAAGAUCAAGCUCAAAGAGAUGAAGGCACAGAUACGCAAGGAAGAGGCAGACUUGUUCGCACUGAACAGGGUGACAAUGGAUCGGAACCGCCAAGUGGGACAGGAGAACAAGUCUAUCACAAAGGAAGUUGAGGAUUUGCAAGCUGAGAACUCUAAGCUUCGCAGACUAAACAAAGAGCUCAAUGACCUACGCGAGGCAUCGCAGAAGCAGAUUGCAACCAACAGAUCGGAAGAAAGCACUGAGGGGAGAUGGAAUGCAUUUGCUCCCGGUGAAGUGGUCGACCUGCUGGGUUAG